UUCUCACUAAGCUUCCUUGUUUCUCUUUCUUUCUUUCUGGGUCUUUUCAUACAGUGGAGAAACUUGUUGGGUUCUAUCAGCUUUCACUUUCCCAGGCUCUGAUCCAAAGAAAAAUCUCAACUUUCUUCAGCAAUUCAUCUCUACCACUUCUGGGUAGUGCUUAUUUUUCCCAAACUCAGUAAAGCAGGACAUGGCUCAAAAUUCUCAUGAUCCAAAGUUUGGCAAUCAGGAAAAUGAAAAAAAUGUCUCAGAUACAGCUUAUUCUGACAAAACCCAGAAAGGUCAAUCUGGUUCGAAGAUGAUAAAUGAGCCCGAAAAAAAUUCAUAUCCAGUUUCGUCUGCUGACCUACCCCAUUCAAAACCAAGAGUUCACUCAGAGGAUCCAUUUGGAAAGGGAUCAGUGAGAUCCACAUAUGAGUUACAAAAGAGCAGGGACAAUGGUGAUGCUAAACAUUUCACUGAGUCUCCAGCUCGCCAUGACAAUGGUAGCCAUGUGAGGGGCACUGAUUCCGUGCAUCGAGGCCAGGGAGUAGGUUCCGCUGACAACAGUAGAAAACCUUCAAGACAAACUAUUGGAUCGGAACACAACAUUGACCGUUCACCCCUUCAUCGCCAGGCAAAAACCCCUGGCAGGGAUAGUCCUUCAUGGGAAGUAAAGAAUUCAUAUGACACCAGCCAAGUUACCCCAGGAAGGUCCCGGUUAAGACCAUCUAACCGAGGGGAUGAAACUCCUGAUAAAGGUGCCGCGGUUCCAAAAUUUGGUGAGUGGGACGAGAGCAACCCUGCAUCAGCUGAUGGCUACACUCAUAUUUUCAACAGAGUGCGGGAGGAGAAGCAGGUGGGGACUGGACAUGUGCCAGGCACACCUAAUGCUAGACAAUAUGGUGUGCGGAAUCAGCCUGCUGAUGAGAAAGCUCAGAGUUGCUGCUUUUGCUGGGGGAAAAAAUGAUUUGUGUGAAAGUAUAAAUUAUAAUCUGAAGAGAAAAGAUAGGGUUGUGAAUGAACAUAAGGUGUGUCUUGCACUUGUAAAUAUUCAAGGCACUCUCUUCCCAGGAAAAUAUUCUAGACGUAUGUCUUAAAUCUGUGUCUUCCCCUUUCUCUGUAUUUCUUUUGGUCAGUAAAGACACCGAAUGCAAGAUUGUGACUUGUCCCUUUUAAUCUUAUGUUAUGUAACUGCCACGCUUUAUAUAAUUCAAUUUUCUGUAUUUAGGUGGGAUAUACAAGAUUUCUUAUACAAUUCUUUUACAAUGAUUAAUGGGUUGUGAUUUUAGUCCUA